UCUGUCUCCACCCAACUGGACCCAAAGCCUCACCUCCUCUGUUCUCUGACUAUCCCUGCCUGCCUGGAACAUCUGAACUUGACUGGUAUCCAGGGCAGUUGACCCAGACCCUUUACUCUUCCAGCCUCCACCAAAGGAAAUAGGGUAGGACCUCAGAUUCCUUUCACUGUCUUCAUGAACAAGCCAGAGUUCGAAGAGCCAGACUGCCAGGUUUUGGCCAAGCAAGAGUCCGAGCAUCAAGUCUGGCCUGAUGACAGACACACAGACCAGGUGACUGCUCAAAAGAACAGUUCAUAUCCCCAUGGCUACAAUAAGAAAUUAUUCUUGGUGGACCUGAUCUGCAUCCUUCUGGUCUUCAUUCCUUUCUUCCUGUGUGAGGCAAAUAUCGUAGACCCCAUCCAUGUUGGCUUCUACUGCGAAGACAAUAGCAUCAAAUACCCACUAAAAGUUCCGACCAUUGACAAAACUAUCCUCGCCUGCACCGGCCUUUUCAUCUCCAUCACCUCUAUCAUCCUGGGAGAGCUACAGUGGUUACGCUUUCAGGAGCUGACCUCGCCAAUGCUGUUGAGCAGCACCUACAUGACCAUGAUCUAUAGAGAGCUGAGUGCCUUCUUCUUCGGAGUCACUGUGAAUCAGUCUUUCACCAGUAUUGUCAAGAUUUUCACAGGUCGCCUCCGCCCCAACUUCCUGGAUGUGUGCCAGCCAGCCUACCUGCAAUGCAAGAUUGGCUAUAUCACCAACUAUACCUGUACUGGGGACCCAACUGAAGUAUCCAGGGCUAGGAAAUCCUUCUUUUCUGGUCAUGCUGCCUUCUCUAUGUACUGUGUGAUCUAUCUGAUGCUCUACCUGCAGGCUCGAAUGAUUUGGAAGGGGUCCAAAUGGCUCCGGCUCAUGCUUCAAACCAUCCUUCUGCCCUUGCCUUUGGUCGUGGGCUACUUUGGAGUUCAAAAUUAUUGGCAUCAUUUUUCAGACGUAUUCGCUGGCUUUUUACAGGGGCUGAUCACAGCCCUCUGGGUGGUCUUCUUGAUCUCGGAUAUAUUUUCUUCUGAAAAGUGCUUGUCUUCAGGCUCUUCCUCCUGCUCUGAAAACCAGGAUUCAAGUGAACAGACCAGUUGCUAAUCUUGGGGUCCCUCAACCCCCAGCAGUCCACCAGCCACGGGAAGCUUGGUGUUCUCCCAUCACUACAUACUAUUGCUCCCCCUUCUUUCCUACCUCCCCAAGCACUUUCAAUAUUGUUUGAAGAUCAUGGGUCAACAAAUCCAAACUCUACUCUUUCACAAAAGUCUUCAACACAACCUGAAGAUACCAAGGGACCGGAAGGAAUAAGGCAGUAGGAAAUUCCACCUUCAUCUUCGUGAGCAAUGCUCAGAUGCGGCAGCUGAGGAUGAUUAUACCCCUCACCCAGGGCUAUGAAGUUUCUUUA